AAACAAGCCACACGUAAAAUGAUUGCCUCUUAAAGCUCCUGGCUUUGCACGGUCCAUGGCAGCUCUGGGAGGACUCAGGUGACGGAGAUGAGUGUGUCACCCAUCCUUGAGGAGACUUUAAUAAAACGCUCCCAGCAGAAGAAACGAACAUCGCCGCUCAACUACAAAGAGAGAGUGUUUGUGCUCACAAAGAACAGACUCACGUACUAUGAGGGCAAAGCAGAGAAGAAAAGUAAGAAAGGUGCCAUAGACUUACAGAGGGUCAGGUGUGUGGAGAUAGUGAAGAAUGGCGGAGUGGUUAUACCAUGCCAAAAUAAGUACCCCUUCCAGGUUGUUCAUGAUACAAACACAUUGUACAUUUUUGCUCCGAGCAACGAAAGCAGGAGCAACUGGGUGCAGAAAAUGAAAGAAGAGAUUAAGCACAAUGCUGCAAUAGUGGCCAAAUUCCACCCUCAGUUCUGGUAUGAGGGAGAAUGGCUAUGCUGUGGACAGGCAGAGAAACUGGCACCAGGAUGUGAAGAAUACAACUUAUUUGGAGACAUUACAAGAAAACCUCUUCCACCCAUCCCCGGAUCUGAGCCAACCAGGCCACCACCGCCCCCUCCUCCAGAUGAGGACAUAGCAGAACCAUCUUCGCAAACAGAGGAGGAAUCACGGGAGGAAAUGGUCAUUGCCCUUUAUGACUUUGCAGGGAUGGAGAGUCAUGACUUAGCCUUAAAGCAAGGCGAGGAAUAUGUGAUCCUUAAGAAAUGUGACGCAAACUGGUGGAGGGCACGCAACAAAUAUGGAGAGGAGGGCUAUAUUCCCAGCAAUUAUGUGACUGAAAAGAAAUUAAACAACCUUGAACAGUUUGAAUGGUACUGUAAAAACGUCAACCGAAACAAGGCAGAAGAGCAGCUCAGGAAACUGGAUAAAGAAGGAGGUUUCAUGGUCAGAGACUCCAGCAGCGCUGGAGCUUACACUGUUUCUUUAUAUACCAAGUGUUUGGGGGACAACGUUAACCCUAUUAAGCAUUACCACAUCAAAGAGACGCAGACGACACCCAAAAAGGUUUACCUGGCAGAGAAAUACCAUUUCAGUACCAUACCCGAGCUCAUAGAAUACCACAAGCACAAUGCCGCGGGUCUGGUUGCUAGACUACGAUAUCCUGUGGGAAGUCAGGGCAGAACAGCACCUACAACAGCAGGAUUCAGCUAUGAUAAGUGGGAGAUCAACCCGUCGGAGCUGACGUUUAUGAAGGAACUGGGCAGUGGGCAGUUUGGAGUGGUCAGACUGGGAAAGUGGAGGGCCCAGCACAAAGUGGCCAUCAAGGCCAUCAGGGAGGGAGCCAUGUCUGAAGAGGACUUCAUAGAGGAGGCCAAAGUGAUGAUGAAGUUGUCUCACCCUAAACUGGUUCAGCUGUAUGGAGUGUGUACUCAGCAGAGGCCUAUUUACCUGGUGACAGAGUUCAUGGAGCUGGGCUGUCUGUUAAAUUACAUCAGGCAGCGACGGGGCAGCUUCAGCCCCCAGGACCUGCUCAGCAUUUGUCACGAUGUGAGCCAGGGCAUGGCUCACCUGGAGGCACAUGGAUUCAUCCACAGAGACCUGGCUGCAAGAAACUGCCUGGUGAACGACGCACUUAUUGUGAAGGUUUCAGACUUUGGAAUGGCAAGGUAUGUGCUUGACGACCAGUAUACCAGCUCAUCUGGGGCAAAAUUCCCAGUGAAAUGGUCUCCACCUGAGGUUUUCAACUUCUGCAAAUACAGCAGCAAAUCUGAUGUCUGGUCAUUUGGUGUGUUGAUGUGGGAGGUCUUCACAGAGGGAAAGAUGCCCUUUGAAAAAAACCCCAAUCAUGAGGUCGUGAUGAUGGUGAUGGAAGGUCAACGUCUGCUUCGUCCCAAAAAAGCCUCCUCCAGCAUCUAUGACAUCAUGCAGAUGUGUUGGCAAGAUAAACCAGAAGACAGGCCGUCAUUUGCACAGAUCUCCCUGAUGAUAACCGACGAGCUUGAGGCAGAUGGAGUUUCUUCAUGA